AUGGGAGGCCACCAACGGUUCUUUCACCCCAACUGGUUCUCUCGAUACAUCUGGGGCAUCAUUGCUAGCGUGAACUUGGGAGGCUUCCUGGCCGAUCAGCAGUACGGUAUUGACCGUACCAAGAACCCCAACAUCAUGUGGCCCUGGUGGCAUGAGAUCAUGCGCAAGAAAGAAAAGGGCGAGAUUCCGAUGGAGAUGCCUGGCUACAUGCUGGCGAAGUUCCGCAAUGAGUCCGAGGAGAGGUGGACGGCAGAGAGGAGCCACGAGUUUGAGGAAUACUUGAGCACCAUGGGUGCUGAAGAGUGA